AUGCCUCCGCGCCAGCGGGAGCCCCGCCGGGGGCCGGGGGGGCCGGAGCGGCCGGAGCGUCCCGCCGCCCCGCCCGCCGCCACCCGCCCGGCCGCGCUGGCCCUCGUCACCCUGCUCAGCUUCGCCUCCCGCUUCCACCGCCUGCGGGAGCCGCCGCACGUAUGUUGGGAUGAAACUCAUUUUGGGAAGAUGGGAAGUUACUACAUUAAUCGGACCUUCUUCUUUGAUGUCCAUCCCCCUUUGGGGAAGAUGCUGAUUGGACUUGCUGGCUACCUUAGUGGAUAUGAUGGUACAUUUCCUUUCCAAAAGCCAGGGGAUCGAUACGAGCAGCACAACUACAUAGGGAUGAGAGGGUUUUGUGCAUUUCUUGGCUCCUGCCUGGUUCCCUUUGCCUACCUCACAGUGUUGGAACUGUCAAAGUCACUGCCAGCAGCCUUACUCACGGCUUUCAUCCUUAUUUUUGAUACAGGCUGUAUUACAUUGUCCCAAUAUAUUCUGCUGGAUCCCAUUCUGAUGUUCUUUCUCAUGGCAGCUGUUCUGAGUAUGGUGAAAUGUAACAGCUGUGCAGACAGGCCAUUUUCUGCCUCCUGGUGGCUCUGGCUGAGUCUGACUGGUGUGAGCCUUGCUGGAGCAAUGGGGGUAAAAUUUGUUGGCCUUUUUGUAGUCCUCUUGGUUGGCCUGAACACAGUCUAUGACCUAUGGGACUUGCUGGGGAACCUUAGCCUGUCACUGGUCAUGUUUGGGAAGCAUUUACUGGCUCGUGUACUCUGCCUCAUCGUGCUCCCACUUGCCCUCUACACGGCUAUCUUUGCUGUUCAUUUUGCAGUGUUAAAUAGAAGUGGUCCUGGGGAUGGUUUCUUCAGUUCAGCAUUUCAAUCCCAGCUGAUUGGGAACAAUCUUCAUAAUGUCUCUGUUCCAGAGCAUUUGGCAUAUGGGUCUGUGGUGACGAUGAAGAACCUUCGGAUGGCAGGGGGAUACCUUCACUCCCACUGGCACCUCUAUCCUGAGGGUAUUGGGGCUCGCCAGCAGCAGGUCACUGCCUACUUACAUAAAGACUUGAAUAACCUGUGGAUCAUAAAGAAACAUGAUUCAGAUACAGAUCUGUCUGACCCCUCAAGCCCUGUGGAGUUUGUGAGGCACGGAGAUAUUAUUCGUCUGGAACAUAAAGAAACUUCUAGAAAUCUGCACAGUCACCAGCAUGAGGCUCCCCUGACAAGGAAGCAUUUUCAGGUCACUGGCUAUGGAAUAAAUGGAACAGGAGACUCCAAUGAUUUCUGGCGGAUUGAAGUGGUAGGCAGAAAAACUGGGAAGCUCAUCAAAGUCCUGCGGAGUCAGGUCCGGCUAACUCAUGUGGCCACAGGGUGUAUACUGGGAUCUUCGGGAAAGACUCUGCCAAAAUGGGGCUGGGAACAAGUAGAAGUCACCUGCACACCUUACCUGAAGGAGACACCCAAUUCCCUCUGGAACUUUGAAGAUCAUAUUAACCCUAAAUUGCCCAAUAUCAGCCUGGAUGUUUUGAAGCCUUCUUUUGCAGAAAUUCUGUUAGAAUCCCACAUGGUUAUGAUCCGGGGAAACAGCGGCCUCAAACCAAAGGACAAUGAAGUUACAUCCAAACCUUGGCACUGGCCCAUCAACUACCAGGGACUGCGUUUUUCUGGUGUCAAUGAGACGGAUUAUCGGGUUUAUUUGCUUGGAAACCCGGUGAUUUGGUGGCUAAAUUUGGUCACUAUUGGGUUAUAUCUUCUGAUAACAGUUUGCACUGCCGUGGCACUGAAGAGAGGUGUCCAACUGACAUCUGAACUCAAAGAACUGUCCAGAGUUGUGCUACGUGCUGGAGGGCAGAUCACACUGGGCUGGCUCCUUCAUUACCUCCCUUUUUUUAUGAUGGGACGAGUUCUCUACUUCCACCACUACUUUCCUGCUAUGCUGUUUUCCAGCAUGUUGACAGGAAUCACCUGGGAUGCACUACUGAAGUUCUGUGCUGGGCUCUUGUCACCCAGCACUACAGCUAGAAGGGUAUAUGGAGGUGGAUUCCUCGCCAUGGUUCUGCUCAUCCUGUACAGCUUCUACCUCUUCCAUCCACUGUCCUAUGGGAUGAUAGGACCCAUGGCCUCCAACCCUAGCAGCCCCAUGGCAGGGCUUCGGUGGAUGGAUUCCUGGGAAUUCUAGAGCAAAGGAAGCCUGGGAACAAUGGAUCAGAAACAUGUCAGAUCUGCUGCAUGUCAGGCUGAUUCUGGUGCUUUGAAGACGUGACUAUAAAACGCCGUCUCUGGAGAACUCUGGGUAUAGUAACCCUGUUGCUUUGGCAUUCGUUUGCAUUGCCUGCAUUGGAAGAUGCAGAGGAUGAGGAAGUCCCCUUAAAUUAAAAGACUCAUGUCCUGAAUCCUUAGGUUAUAUUAAUGGACAACUGGCUGCCUAAAUGCCGAUUCCUUGAAGCAGUAUAUGUCAGUCAAACAGCAGUGGCAUUCCAGCAGCCAGAGCAGUACAGGUUGGAGGCUGUCCUGUGGUUGCAUGUACACUCUGUCUCACUGUAUUAGGAACAGUGAUAGUGACAAUACAGACUCUCUACUUCAUUGCAAAGAGAGCUCUUUUUAUUCUUACAGAUCUUCUUUUAUAGACGGUUCUGAGAAGGUCUGGAAAGGUAUAGCUUUCAUUGGUUAUCAAACCAACACAUCACCAUCAUUGGACAGUUAGGAACAACACCCUUUGAACAUUUUUUGCAAGUAACAAGGAGACAAACAACACCUGCAAAGGUUGGAUUCCUCCUUAUGAUUUCCCAGGCCAGAGUGAGAAAGUUGUGUACUUGACUUUCCCGCAGUCUCAAGCUAGUGCCUGAAACCUAAAAAUCUCUUAUUUGACCACUGUCACUUCCCACACACUUCAUGUGUGUGUCUUCCUUCUUGUAAUCUAAGCACCACUACAGUUUGAAGCACUACAGGACUUCUAUCAUGAUUAGCAACCUUUCUUAUGGUGAGGUUUUUGAAAACUUACUGUUAGUAUCUGGGGACCUUCAUUCUACCUUCUUUGGCUGUCUGAAGUUUUUUUUUCUUCUGACCCUGGAUUUUUAAAAUUUGACUGAAAGGGUCUGUUUGAAAUCUCCUGAGCCAUUGUGCCUUGCCUGUCUCCCAGGCCCUCUGCAGAGAUGGAAAUUGUUUAUUCCUAUAUACUGCCUUGCUUUCUGGUCACCUUUAAUCAUUUCUACAACUCACCUAGCAGGCCUGUUUUCAGGGCCAGACUGUUCCAGCUGAGCUCUUUGUAGCUUCUUUCAGUUCUGUUUGAAGGUGCCAAGGAAAUUACAGUAGAAAUGGCAGGUGAUUUAUUUUCAGCCCCAGUAUGUUGUGGAGACCAGCAUGGGAAUGUACUAGAGACUGUAAUGAUAACUUGGAAAUCUUACAGACAGCUGUCAUUCAGCUUUUGUUCCCAGCUAUUUCAGUACCAGUGCCUGUGCUUUUAGGGGAAGGCUUCAUCUCAACGCAUGUGGCAUCUGCAAAACUGGCUGCUGGUGCCAAGGUAUCUGCUCAGUUGUAUGGAACACUGGGGCUUAGUGUUCCCAUAUUGAACAAGUUCCUUCUCUAGACUGCUGAACAUCAAAUUACAAGGAAGUGUGAAGCCAGGCAAAAAUUCUUUGUGAUGUGUCAAGAACCAUUGGAUGUUGAAUUCACCCCUUCCAAGAAAGCAGAGUUUGAUUUAUCAGGUGCCUUUGUCCUGUGUUAGGUCUAUCUUUGUCUAUGUUUCUUUUUUUCCAUUUCCUGCUCUUCAUCCAGUGCCGAUUUCUUGUCACAGUUCAAAUUGCUACCUUGUAGCAUUCAACAUGAAUGACAGAUCACAGCUGUGUUCCUGUCUCAAGAAGUAAUAUUUGAAAAACUCUUUUGUGUAUGUUUCAAUGAACUUAUGCCUUUCAUUUCAGAAUUCUUGCUUUGCUUCACAGCCUUGAUUCAAAAUUACAGGUGGACGGAUAGUAGCUGGGUGGGUGUGUCUGCCUUUAAACAUGGACUGUGCAUUUAUUUCUCUUACCAAAUCUUGGAUUCCAAUAUGUUUCCUACCACACAAAAGGGCUGCAUUAGCAUAGUUGUUCUGUGGAGGGGACUAGACUCCAGUCAGACUUGCUUUGGUUCCCCUUUAGUAGAGAUCCAUAGCAUUGUUCAUUAUGGCAGCUUGCUAUGUAAGGCUCUGGCUUGGUAUGUCACAUGUCUCCAGAAACAGACUUACGUAGAUACUAGCUCAGAUGGGAUGGACCUGUGCUUUUGAUUCUAAAGGUUUUGAGUUGAUCCCCUGCUGCUUAUACAUGGUGGGAAGUCAUUGCAAUAAGUAGCUGCUGGGUUUGAUGAUUCUUUUCCACUUGUUAUUGCAGGAAGUGCUCCUACCUGCAUGAGCCAGGGGUUUACAGAGGUGAUGCAUAGACAAGAAGGAUGUGGGGGAAGGCUGCAAACUUCUUCAGAACCUGCCAGAUCUGACAGCAGCAGCAAAUUGUUAACUGCUGGUUAUGCGGAAGGCAGACAGUGCAGUGCUGCCUUGUAACAGUGUGAUCCAGCAUCAACUCUUGGUGAGAUCACUGACUUAAUACAUUGCUAAGCUCAAUAUGAGCUUUCCCUAAGGUAGUCCCAUUGUCACGGGGAGGAUUUGCCAGAAGAGCUGGCAGAAGCCAUGAUUUAAAGUGCAGUUUUUUCCAGCACAUAAAAUUAGACACUUCCCUUUAGCAUUAACAACAAAAAGAGAAUCUAAGAAACUUGUGAGUGUUUUGGAAUGACUGUUUCUAACACCCUUUAUUUAUCAUAUUAAACCUUGAGAAUGCAAAAGUUGAGUCAGUAACUGUGGUUUCUUCAGUUAUUAUGAAGGGGUCAGUUUUGUAGGAGUUGCCUGAGGAAGAUGAACCACUGUGUUCCUUGGUUAGGAUCCCUCCAUGCUUUAUUACUAAUAAUCUUUUGCAUGUGGAUUGGCAGCUGAGUGCUGAAGAUGGCAAGUUUAAUGCUCCCAUCCCACCUUCCUAUGCACAAGUCCAACUUCUGUUUCAACACAGACAAAAGGUUUAUUUUUCUUUAGGACUGUCACUUCAGAAAUUCUAUUGAGAGCAUUUGAUUGACAUUGAGACAAUUUCUUAGGUCUUGUGUGCUGGUAAGGAGGGUGGAGGUAUACAGUGAAAAAAAUUCUAGCUGUUCCACAAGAGGGAGCAACUUCCAGCAGAAUUUUUAUUUUUAUCUGGAGUUAAAAGGAUUGAAAGGUCUACAUUGAAGACUAGAGGGCAGACAUUUCCUCUGCACUCUCUGGAUUCCAAGGGUUGGGUUUUCAAGUAAGUGUACAUUGAUGUGGCUCUGUAUUCUUACUGGAGAAAAGUACUGAAAAAUUACUCCAGUUAGAAUUUGACCUUCAGUAUUUGCUUCUUAAAACAAAACCUGUCAUGCCAUUGUUGAAACAUAAUAGUAACUGAUAUUUUGUGAGGUCAAUAAAAUACAAAAAUUUCGAUUCGCUUCCUGACUCUGUCUUGAAAUAUCUGAGUGGUACAGACAUGAGGCAAUGGGUGCAAGGCACUCUUUGCUUUCGGGAUGGAAUUUGGGCUGCUUCAGCUCAGUUUUUUCCAGUUGUACUUGUGGAAUGAGUUCAGGUUCUUUUCGAUAACUGCUCAUUAGUCAUCUUCUCCAGUCGUGUGGAAAAUAGCUAAUGGUGCUUUCUGAGGCCAGAAGGUGCUGUUCUCUGGAGCAGCUGCUCUCUUUGAGCCUUGCUUGACAGGGCUCCUUUUAUCACUGACUAAGUAUUUCAUCAAACUGUAUCCAUAGCUUCAAAUCACAAAAAGCUGCAGGCUGCCACGUUCCCUGCUUCAAAUUCUUUUUUGUGUGUAAACUCUAUUUUCAACUCUCUAGUCUCUGAAGGAUAGAUAGAGGGCCUUGAGGCUCAUCUGGCUUUAUCCUAGGCAAUCCAUCCGUCUUAAAAGGCUUCUGCUAACAGUCGCUUCAGGACAUCAAUACGCACACAUCUAUUCCAGCAGCAGGGACUGGCCUAUUUCCAGGAACUGGACCACUCAUGCUAUGAGACACAGAUGUGACUGUGAGGAGGAUUUGAAUGGAGAUUUCUGUGCCAAGAUUGCUCUUGGUCCAGGUGGAGGGCUUAGUGUCAUCACUGUUUGCCACCAUUGUUUGCAGCUCUUUAGUCUGUACAGGAUUUUCUUUUUGCAUCUUAAUUGGAAAGGUUGAUUGAUGCACAAAGCGCAUUGACAAUAUGCUUUUUUAUAUCUUCCUCCUUCCUUCUGGUUCUUGAAGAACACCCAAAGUACAGGACAUGUCUUUGCUUCCCCUAAUUUUUGGGCUAUGCAUACAUUUCAUACAGGUGCCUGAACAAGGGGUAGGACAGGACAUCUUGUAGUAGCCUGAGUGAAUGAAUACCUGUUAAAUGGUCUGAGGGCAAAACCAGAACCUUGUUAUGGAAAGGUAAACAAACAUGUUACUUGACAGUUCCCUUCUGUUCCUCCUGAAUCCUUCAGAGAAUUGUUUUUAAGGGACUUGAGAGCAAACCAACUGUUAACGUGGAAACACAAGGCAUUUACCUGAAAUUCUCCAUUACCGUGGUUAGCAGUGUCCCUUCCAUGCUGUGACUGAAUAACCCUCUGGGUUUUCACUCUGUGCACAAGCACUGUUUCCUCCUCUCAGGAUCCUGCUGGCAGUGUGAAAAUUCACCUCCUUAGCAGUGCCCUGUGUCUCUGCCAGCUGGGGAAUGUAGGUAAGAUUUUUAUUUUCCCCCUUUACAGCAAUUGAUCAUGUGACCCCACACAUGGGCAAGUGUGUCAUGAAAGGAAAAAAGUGUGGACUGCUAGAACAACAUAAGGCUCUUCCCUGUUGGGAAAGGAAGGCUGAGGAUAAGGACACCACCUCCAUAGCAUAGUUUCCUCAGGGCGGGGCUGUUGGCUGCAAGCUGUCAGGACUGAAAAUUCUGUUUUCUUUGAAGUACUAAGACCUUGGUUGUGUAGUUGGUUGCGAGUUGCUUCACUUUGUAAACUUUUAUGCUCUUUACUUGAAUAUCAAGGGCUAUGGUUAUCACAAAUAAUAUGUGAGGUGAUCACAUGUUAGCAUAGAUAUCACUCCUGCUGAAUUUGUAAUUGAUUCUAAAACUUUGCCAAGUGAGAUUCCUGUGUUUUACAAGAGACAUGGUUUAGAGCCAUCUUUGAAGAGCUUGCCCCUGGCUAAGGGUUUGGAGCAAUAGUGAGAGAGGUGCUUUGGUAAUUCUGUUCUGUAUCCUGAACCUUUCUUAGUAAUGCUGGGGGGUGUGUGCGUGCAUCUAUCUCUGAACUGAAUUCCUUUAACUACGGUGCAAUUACUGUACCAUAUGGUGUGGAUGGGAGAAUGUUCCCUUGAGCUAUAAACGUGUUUUGUACAGGUGAUAAUGGAAAAUGAGGUAGAAUUUGGAAUUUAAUUUUGUAA